AUUUUGAGCUUGAAGUCAUUUGAGGUUGGGAAACUCUCUUCAACUUUCAGCCUUUUAUCACGCUACUCGUGUACUGUGCAAGAUGUUCACGGCAAGUGCAAAAAUUGUCAAAAGCGGUGGUGCUGAACCCGAUGCUUUCGAAUCCAGCAUUUCUCAAGCUCUUCUUGAGCUAGAGAUGAAUAGUGAUCUUAAAUCUCAACUUAGAGAAUUACACAUCACUAAAGCUCGUGAAUUGGAAACCAACAACAAAAAAUCAAUCAUCAUCUAUGUACCAAUCCCAAAAUUAAAGGGAUUCCAAAAAGUCCAAACAAGAUUGGUUCGUGAACUUGAGAAAAAAUUCUCAGGUAAACAUGUUAUGUUUGUUGGUGACAGAAAAAUUUUACCAAAACCAACACGUAAAACUCGCACACAAAACAAGCAAAAACGCCCAAGAAGUCGUACAUUGACAUCAGUUUAUGAUGCUCUUCUUGAAGAUCUCGUUUAUCCAGUUGAAAUUGUUGGUAAACGUAUUCGUGUUAAGCUUGAUGGAUCACAGCUUACCAAAGUUCAUCUUGACAAAAAUGAACAAACCAACAUUGAACAUAAGGUUGACACAUUUGCAUCUGUUUACAAGAAACUCACAGGUCGCGAUGUAACUUUUGAAUUCCCAGAAUCAUAUGUUUAAUGACUUAUUAAUGAAAUAAAAAAAAACAAAAAAACUUGA